GUGUCCAGAUUGGCAGUGCCUGCUGGGAACUGUACUGCCUUGAACACGGAAUUCAGCCUGAUGGUCAAAUGCCAAGUGACAAAACCAUCGGUGGCGGCGAUGACUCCUUCAACACGUUCUUCAGCGAGACUGGGGCUGGCAAGCACGUGCCCAGAGCAGUGUUUGUGGACCUGGAGCCCACCGUGGUGGAGGAAGUGCGCACAGGGACCUACAGGCAGCUUUUCCAUCCAGAACAGCUGAUCACCGGGAAGGAAGACGCAGCCAAUAAUUAUGCCAGAGGCCAUUACACGAUCGGCAAGGAGAUCGUGGACCUGGUCCUGGACCGGAUCCGCAAACUGGCGGAUCUGUGCACGGGACUGCAGGGCUUCCUCAUCUUCCACAGCUUUGGGGGAGGCACCGGCUCUGGGUUCACAUCUCUGCUCAUGGAGCGGCUGUCAAGGGACUAUGGCAAGAAGUCCAAGCUAGAAUUUGCCAUCUACCCAGCUCCCCAGGUUUCCACGGCCGUGGUGGAGCCCUACAACUCCAUCCUGACCACUCACACGACCCUGGAGCAUUCUGACUGUGCCUUCUUGGUGGACAACGAAGCCAUCUAUGACAUACGUCAGCGCAACCUGGACAUUGAGCGUCCCACGUACACCAACCUCAACCGUCUGAUUGGGCAGAUCGUGUCCUCCAUCACGGCUUCCCUGCGGUUUGAUGGGGCCCUGAAUGUGGAUUUGACAGACUUCCAGACCAACCUGGUGCCGUACCCUCGCAUCCACUUCCCCCUGGCUACCUACGCCCCGGUCAUCGCAGCCGAGAAGGCCUACCACGAGCAGCUGUCUGUGGCUGAGAUCACCAAUGCCUGCUUUGAGCUGGCCAAUCAGAUGGUCAAGUGUGAUCCUCGUCAUAGCAAGUACAUGGCCUGCUGCAUGUUGUACAGGGGGGACGUGGUCCCAAAAGAUGUCAAUGCUGCCAUUGCCACCAUCAAGACCAAGCGCACCAUCCAGUUUGUGGACUGGUGUCCAACUGGAUUUAAGGUGGGCAUUAACUACCAGCCCCCCACAGUGGUCCCUGGAAGCGACCUGGCCAAGGUGCAGCAGGCUGUAUGCAUGCUGAGCAACACCACCGCCAUUGCUGAGGCCUGGGCACGGCUGGAUCACAAGUUCGAGCUCAUGUACGCCAAGCAGGCCUUCGUGCACUGGUACGUGGGAGAAGGAAUGGAGGAGGGGGAAUUCUCGGAGGCCCGUGAAGACCUGGCAGCUCUCAAGAACGAUUAUGAAGAAGUGGCUGUGGAUUCUGUUGAAGCUGAGGCUGAAAAAGGGGAGGAAUACUGA